AUGCGCAGAGCUGACACACAGACAGGUAGUACAAUGGCUGGAAAGGUGUUGGUGACUGGAGGUGCUGGCUAUAUAGGUAGCCACUGUGUCCUUGAACUGCUUGAAGCUGGAUAUGAACCAGUGGUCAUUGAUAAUUUCCACAAUGCUAUUCGAGGGGUCAAUGGUCUUCCUGAAAGUCUACAGAGAGUGCGAGAAAUUGUGGGCAACAAGAAGAUUGAGUUUGAGGAGGUGGAUUUGCUAGACCGGGCUGCCCUGAACAGUUUGUUUGACAAGCACAAGUUCUCUGCUGUUAUGCAUUUUGCUGGCCUGAAAGCCGUUGGAGAGUCUGUGGAGAAGCCAUUGAUGUAUUAUAAGGUGAAUCUUACUGGCACAAUCCAACUCUUGGAGAUAAUGAAUACUCAUGGUGUAAAGAAAAUUGUGUUCAGCAGCUCUGCCACAGUCUAUGGUGAUCCCAAGUAUCUUCCGUUAGAUGAAAAGCACCCAGUUGGUGGAUGCACAAAUCCAUAUGGAAAAACAAAAUAUUUCAUUGAGGAAAUGAUCAUGGAUCAGUGCAAAGCUGAUGAGGAAUGGAGUGCCAUUCUCUUGAGGUAUUUUAACCCCAUUGGAGCCCACAUAUCUGGUCGUAUUGGAGAAGAUCCUCAGGGAAUUCCAAAUAAUCUGAUGCCGUACGUCUCACAGGUUGCUGUUGGAAGACGGGAACAUCUGAAUGUCUUUGGAAAUGACUACAAUACACCAGAUGGGACAGGGGUUCGGGAUUACAUUCACAUAGUAGAUCUGGCCAAGGGUCACAUUGCUGCUCUCAUUAAACUGCAGACCAGUAGUAGCUGUAAGGUAUAUAAUCUGGGCACUGGCGUAGGAUACUCUGUAUUGCAGAUGGUGACAGCCAUGGAAAGAGCAUCAGGCAAAAAGAUUCCAUAUAAAAUAGCAUAUACCAAGAAGCAAUGGACGGUUUUUUUUUUUUGUCAUGUUGCUACAUGCUAUGCAGAUCCAACCCUGGCUAAAGAGGACCUUGGCUGGAAGGCAGAAUUUGGCUUGGACAGAAUGUGUGAAGAUUUAUGGCGGGUGGCAGUCCUUAAACCCAACCGGGUUUAGCACUGAAUCCUGA